AUGUUGCUGUACUCCGACGUUAUUACUGACGAUGAGAUGUUCUCCGAUGCCUUCCCUAUCAAGGAGAUAGAUGAUGUCGUGUUUGAAGUAGAUUGCCAGAUGAUUACCGUCAAGGCUGGUGCUGACAUCGAUAUUGGUGCCAACCCUUCCGCAGAGGAGGCCGAAGAUGCUCUCGAAGAGGGGGCUACUCAAAUCAACAAUGUCGUUCAUUCUUUCCGUCUCCAAUCCACUUCAUUCGACAAAAAGUCUUAUCUUACUUACCUCAAGGGUUACAUGAAAGCUGUCAAGACAGCCCUUCAGCAGUCCAAACCUGAACGGGUCGAGGCCUUCGAGAAGAAUGCGCAGACAUUUGCGAAGAAGAUCGUUGCAAAUUUCAAGGACUACGAAUUCUACACCGGUGAAUCGAUGAACCCGGAUGGUAUGAUUGCGCUCCUCAACUACAGGGAGGACGGUGUUACCCCUUACUUCACCUUCUGGAAGGAUGGCCUCAAGGAGGUGAAGCUCUAA